GUUUGUACUGAAGGAGUCCGCCUCCUCAUCCUGGAGGGAGAAAAAAAACCUUUCCCAGGUAACUGAUGGGCGUGACUACGGAAAAUGUAAAACAAAGGGAGUACCUGCCUAUUAGGGGAGGGAGUCUUCAUUACCACAGCAAACACAGUCAGUCAUCCAGGGAGGAACCAGCCAGCCGCUCUGACCUGCUCAAUCAAGAUGUUGGACUCCCUGUAUGACUGGUUCUGGUGGGACAAACUCUGGCUGCCUGCAGAGCUGUCAUGGGAUGACCUGGAGGACAAGGAGGGUCGGAUCUACGCCAAAGCCUCGGAUCUUUGUGUGACGGUCCCAUACGCCUUCGUCUUCUUAUUCAUCAGAUACCUGUUUGAAAGAUGGAUCGCGACUCAGCUGGCAGUCUAUGCUGGAAUAAAGCAGAAAGUCCAUCUGAGAGCAGAGGAAAACCCUGUUCUGGAAGUCUACUACACCACCCGCAGCAGGAAUCCUGUUCAGGCUGACGUUGACGGACUGUCCAAGAAAAGCAGUUUGUCAGUGAGACAAGUUGAACGUUGGUUCAGAAGAAGACGCAGACAGGACCAUCCCGGAGUCCUGAAGAAGUUCAGAGAAGCCAGUUGGAGGUUUGUCUUCUACCUGUCUGCGUUCGUCGGAGGAAUUGUAGCUCUUUACGAUAAAGAAUGGCUGUACGACACCAGAGAAGUUUGGACCGGUUAUCCGAAACAGUCCAUUCUGCAGUCUCAAUACUGGUAUUACAUCUUGGAGAUGAGUUUCUAUGGCUGUCUUCUCUUCAGUGUGACCUUUGAUGUCAAGAGAAAGGACUUUAGGGAACAGAUCAUCCACCACGUGGCCACGCUGGUCCUCCUAUCAUUUUCCUGGUGUGCCAACUUUAUCCGUGUAGGAACUCUGGUGAUGCUGAUCCACGAUGCUUCAGAUGUUUUACUGGAGUCGGCCAAAUUAUUCAACUACGCCAAAUGGGAGAAAACCAGCAACACUCUUUUUGUUCUGUUUGCCGUCGUGUUCAUGGGAACGCGGCUGGUGGUCUUUCCAUUUUGGCUCAUCCACUGCACUUGGGUGUACCCUGUCCUACACUACCCAGCCUUCUUUGGUUACUAUUUCUUUAACAUGAUGUUGGUGGUUCUUCAGUGUCUUCACAUCUUCUGGGCCUACCUCAUUCUCCGCAUGGUCAAGAAAUUGAUUUUUGGCACACUAACAAAAGAUGAAAGAAGUGACAAUGAUGAUGAUGAGGGGCAGGAGACCAGCCCUACAGAGGAUGAAGUCCAACAACACCAGCCUGUCAAUGGACUGGCAGCUGAUAAGAAGGAUGGAAAGAACGGCUUCUUUGGGUUGUCUCCACCUGAGAAUGUCUGCCAGUCAAAGACUGUUUGAUAAGUCCUGAUCAGUACAAUCAGUAGAGCUGAAGAUAUGAGGAACAGAGCAAUGCUGAAUAGAUUUAGACCAUAUUCAUUACUCAUCAGAUGGAGGAACACGAGCUACAUAAACCUGUUCUGUCAGCACUGAGCUCUACCACGGACGGAUGUUUUGAAUAUGCUCCUUUAUGUAAUUAGUUUUAUUUUCCCCUAUCUGGAGAUGUUCCAGAAUUAUCUGCAGACAUUCCUGAGUCAUCAGGAGGUGUUCCAGGUUCAGUUGGAGAUGUUCCUGGUUUCUCUAGAGACGUUCCUGGUUCAUGAUGCUCCAGGUUCAUCUGGAGAUGUUCCAGAAUUAUCUACAGACAUUCCUGAUUCAUCAGGAGGUGUUCCAGGUUCAGUUGGAGAUGUUCCUGGUUUCUCUAGAGACGUUCCUGGUUCAUGAUGCUCCAGGUUCAUCUGGAGAUGUUCCAGAAUUAUCUGCAGACAUUCCUGGUUUGUCUGGAGACAUUCCUGGUUCAUUUGUAGAUGUUCCAGGCCCAUUUGGAGACAUUCCAGGUUCAUCUGGGGAUGUUGCAGGUUCACGAGAAGACAUUCCUGGUUCAACUAGAGAUGUUCCUUGUUCAUCUGGAAACAUUCCUGGUUAUUAAAGUAUUUACUAAUGUGUUGAAUUUAACAAAGUUUAAAAAAGAAAGAAAUUAACAACAGCUUCCUACAAAUCAUUUUCACAAUUUCCAUUUUAACUAAAUAAACAUCUGAUUCUGAAUUAUUUUACUUAUUACCAGUUCUGAUUAAUCUGUCAGCCACUCACUGAGCUGGACUGAUUUUAGUCCAUCAACAGCAGCAUCUGUGUUGUCAUCAUCUCAGCUGUCCUUCUCAGAAAUUGUUGUAUGUGUAACUGUAAAUACAGGAAAAAAUUAAAAGGAAAACAUUCAGUA